AUGGCGUCAGAUGAACAAACUCCAACACCUGAAAACAGCACCCUCUUCCAGGCCUUUGAAUGGAACGUCCCAGCAGAUCAAAAACACUGGAAGCGCCUCAUCGCUGAGAUUCCCAAACUCAAAGCCAUUGGUAUCGACAACAUAUGGCUGCCUCCAGGGUGCAAAGCUGCAAAUCCAAAGGGUGUUGGCUACGAUAUCUACGACCUCUACGACCUCGGCGAAUUCGACCAAAAAGGCGGUACAGCCACGAAAUGGGGAUCUAAAGAUGAACUCAUGGAGUUGACGAGGGUGGCGAAAGAGCAUGGCGUGGGAUUAUACUGGGACGCAGUGCUCAACCACAAAGCCGGCGCAGAUAAAACUGAGAAGUGCCGUGUCGUUGAGGUCGAUGAGAAUGAUCGUACCAAGGAAACGAGCGAUGCCUUUGAGAUUGAGGGAUGGCUGGGUUUCAAUUUCCCGGGUCGUGGCGACACAUACUCGAAGCAAAAGUACCACUGGGAACACUUUAGCGGUACAGACUGGGACCAGGCCUCGGAACGCAAAGCCAUCUUCAAGAUCCUCGGGGAUAACAAAGGCUGGAGUCAAACAGUGGACGACGAGUCUGGCAACGCAGAUUACAUGAUGUUUGCCGAUAUCGACUACUCGCACCCCGAAGUCAUCUCUGACGUGAAAAACUGGGGCGUCUGGAUCACAAAAGAACUAGGCCUCAAAGGCUUCCGCCUCGACGCCGUCCAGCAUUUCAGCGAGCGCUUCACAAACGAGUGGAUCGACAAGCUGCGUGAGCAGUGCGGCGCAGACAUCUUCGUCGUGGGCGAAUUCUGGAGCGGCGAUGUGAAGGAAAUGAGCAACUGGCUGGACGCCAUGCACCACAAAUUCUCCCUCUACGACUCCCCACUCCUCAACAACUUCGGCCGCCUCUCCACCACCGAAUCCGCAGACCUCCGCUCCGUCUUCGACGACACGCUCGUGCAGCUACGCCCCACCGACGCCGUCACCGUCGUAACAAACCACGACACCCAGCCCGGCCAAGUCAUGGAAACCAAGAUCGAGCCCUUUUUCAAACCCCUCGCCUACGCCCUCAUCCUCCUCCGCCAACAAGGCUACCCCUGCCCCUUUUACGGCGACCUCUACGGCCUCGCAGACCCCCAUCCCACACCCGCCAGCUGUGGCGGCAAACUCGCCGACCUGAUUCUCGCGCGUAAACUGUUUGCGUACGGCGAGCAGGAGGAUUAUUGGGAUCAUGCGAAUCUGAUUGGGUUUGUGCGCCGCGGGACGUGGGAUCGCAAGGCGGGGCUGGCGUGCGUGAUGAGCAAUGCGGGGCCCGGGGAGAUUCGAAUGUCGGUUGGGGACAUGCAUGCUGGGGAGAAGUGGACGGAUGUGUUGGGUUGGGAACAGGGUGAGGUUGAGAUUGACGGGGAGGGAUUUGGCGUGUUUAAGUGCCCUGGAACAAGCGUGGCGGUAUGGGUCAGGAGUGAUGCUGAAGGUAGGGAGAAGUUUCCGACGGAGUUUGAUGCGGAUAUCUACAGCAAGGUGUAG